AUGGCACCUGACCCGAAGUGGCCCACGGAAAUUCCCAUCCCGGACGCAACCCAACAAUUCCUCUCGCCAGACGUCAACACCACCGCCCGCGUCGACUUUACAGACUUCUUCCUACGGUUCCGUCACGCCGAGGACGCCCACCCGCAAUACAAGCACCUGUUCAACGUCCACCAGCAGUUAUGCAAGCUGCUCAUCGAGCACCCGGCCAUGCAGCCAAACCUCAACCAGACCUUCAACACGCCCGCAAACAGUAAGAACAUGGUGUACUUUGUGUGGGACUUUGUGAUCCGUACUUUCCAGAUCUUGGCCGCCAAGGUGAAGCCCCAGAAUCCCGAGUCGUCGCCCAUGUACAAGGACGUCUUGGGCCGCUCGAUGCAGACAAAGAUGAUGAUCACGGACGAGACUGGUAUGAUGGCCGCAAUGAUGGGUGGUGGUGGCGGCGGCGGUGUUUCCUUCACAGAUGAGAUUAAGCAGCUGGCCAGGACGAUUGAUCAGUUUCCGUCGGCGUGA